AUGUCUGUCGUGUACCCCAUCAACGGCGCUUUUGCAAUGUACAUCUGUCGCUUUGUUGAUCCAUCCCUCGGUUUCGCUUGCGCUUGGGAAUAUGCCAUCAGUUGGCUGACCGUCCUUCCCUACGAGAUCUCCGCCGCCGUCAACGUCAUCCACUACUGGCCAGGCUCUGAGAACAUCAAUGCCUCUGCCUUCAUUGUGCCUCUGCUGGUCGCGCUCGUUAUCAUCCAAUUUUUCGGUGUGAGAGGUUAUGGCGAGGUAAGUGGUCCAUCAUCAUCGAUCAUAAGGGUUGCAAACUGA